GGAAGGAAACGUCUUUGCAGCAAGCAGACGAGAACGGCAGACUGCUUAAGCUUUUGGAUCACUAAAGCUCCGCGAGCCUCCAUUGUACCCCGCGUAUUUUAUUUUAUUUUUAAACUACGCUUUACUUUUUCGCGUUUUCAGUGGCUUGGAGAAAGCUGUCGGGCAUUUUCCUCCCAGCAACAGCGGCUCGGUUUCCACGCGUUGGUCGUCUUGCAACCUGCCCCCCCCCCCUUUUGCCUUCUCCCCUUGCGAUCCUGAUGAAAAAUAACAUCUGGGGCAGCUCCCCCGGGGCUCCCAUGGCCACAGCUCUGCCGUGCGUGGAGUGGCUGCAGGAGGAACUGGAGUCCAGCGGGGGCAGCUCGCUGCUGCUCCUCGACUGCCGUCCCCAUGAGCUCUUCGAGUCGUCGCACAUCGAGACCGCCAUCAACUUGGCCAUCCCGGGCCUGAUGCUCCGGCGCCUUAAGAAGGGCAACUUGCCCAUCCGCUCCAUCAUCCCCAACAACGAAGACAAGGAACGCUUCGUCAAGCGCUGCAAGGCGGACACGGUCUUGCUGUACGACGAGGCCACGGCCGAGUGGCAGCAGGACACGGGCGCCCCGACCUCCGUCCUCGGCCUUUUGCUACAGAAGCUACGCGACGACGGCUGCAAGGCGUUUUACCUGAAAGGUGGAUUUAACAAGUUUCAGACAGAAUACUCAGAGCAUUGUGAAACCAGUCUUGACACUUCUUCUCCCACCAACUCACCUCCUGCAUCAGUUCUUGGUCUGGGCGGGCUGAGGAUAAGCUCUGAUUGUUCAGAUGGGGAGUCUGAUCGGGAGCCAAGCAGUGCCACAGAAUCUGAUGGGAGCCCGAUCCCGAACAACCAGCCUGCCUUCCCUGUCCAGAUUCUCCCUUACUUGUAUCUGGGCUGUGCCAAAGAUUCCAGCAACCUGGAUGUCUUGGGCAAGUAUGGCAUCAAGUACAUCCUGAACGUUACUCCCAACCUUCCCAACAUGUUUGAGCACGACGGAGAAUUCAAGUACAAACAGAUUCCCAUCUCGGAUCACUGGAGUCAGAAUCUCUCCCAAUUCUUCCCUGAGGCCAUUGCUUUCAUUGAUGAGGCCCGUUCCAAGAAAUGUGGUAUCCUUGUUCACUGCCUGGCCGGCAUCAGCAGGUCUGUAACGGUAACUGUUGCCUACUUAAUGCAAAAGCUCAACUUGUCUCUGAAUGAUGCCUAUGAUUUCGUGAAAAGGAAAAAGUCCAAUAUCUCCCCAAACUUUAACUUCAUGGGCCAACUCCUGGACUUUGAGAGGACUUUGGGACUCAACAGCCCAUGUGAUAACCGCUCCCCCGGCGAGCAGCUUUACUUCACUACCCCGACAAAUCACAACUUGUUUCAGCUGAACACUUUGGAGUCCACAUGAAGGGGCACCCUGA